AUGGCGUUCGUGUUGGGUGCGGUGAGCCUCCAGGCUUGGGUCAGGUCCUCCAAAUCGCUGGGCUUGGGGGACAGCGGGCUGAUUGAGCAGAUAGGAAGGGGAAUUGGGUCAGCAGCCAAGAUGUCGAAAGUGGGAAAGGUGUCGCAAGUACAGAAUGGCAAAGUCUACCAGCAGAUCUUCCACGCCCAGGUGCAGCUGGUUCAGUCCCUGGCAGCCACCAGGAAGCGGGCUGCAGAGCAUUCUGAGACUCCAAAGAACGUCAAGACACCCAUGAUGAAGAAGGUGCCGCUACCUGAGGGGGAGACUAUGACCCCUCGGCAGAGGAAGUGGGUGCGUAGCCUCCCCAACGACGGGGUCACGGAAAACCCAGUUCUCUAUAGGGAAAAGGAAGAAGCCAGGAAGGAGAUGGAGCGUCUGACAGAGGACAUGAUUGCUUCCCAAGAGGUGCAGGGCCUCAUGGACAUCAUAGUUCCUGAGAAGGUGAGCAACCUCCAAGAGUAUGAAGACCACAAGAAGAGGAAGUACCUGAGGGCGCUGGCGAGCUUUCAGGAAGAGUUGGAGCAGAUUGGGGUGGAGUUGGAACCUCUCAUCCUGGAGAAAGGGAGACUUCUUCUGAAAAAGAUCUCAAAGUCUGAUGAGGACGUUGACAAGCUCUUCAAGAACGUCGAGAUCGAACCAGACCUCGAUAGCUACACUAUCGAAACCCUGUUGGAACUGUGGGAAAAGGUGGCUGAAAGAUUCAUGCAGCAGAAGCAGGAGAUUAAGGAGCUGGAUGAAGAGCUAUUGGCCCUGGAGGUUUCUCGAGCUGACAAGCUAAAGGAAGUGCUGAAGAAAUAUGUCGGCAUCAUAGAGAAAACCGCCUACAUCCUGCAGCCCGACGUAUAUAGGCUGAUAGAUAAAGAAGCCAUGGCCAUGAACCAGGCUCUCCUGGGCAACCGGAGGGCCAUCGCUCAGCUGUUAGUCAACCUGACUGAGGCCACCCUACAGCAGGAACUUGACAACCGCCACCGCUGGCAGAGCCUGGUGGACACCUGGAAGGCCCUCAAGAAGGAGGGCCUGAUACAGCGCUUCACUGAGUUCAUGGCUAGCGAGGAGAUCCAGGAUCCCCCAGAAGUGAAGAAGGAACUAGAAGAAAUGCAGAAGAACCAGGAGGUCCUUCAAAAAGUGAGGCUUGACCACCUCUGCACCAUCUGUAACCUCCUGCCCCCUAACUAUAACAAAAACCAGCUGACUGAGUGGUAUAACUCUCUCACUUCCCUCAACAAGCAGCUUGACACCUACCACAUGGACAGCAUGUCACUGGUACGCUUCCUGUAUGAGAAGAUUUGGCAACAGUGUCUGUCCCGUGUGCAGGAAUGCAAGCAGCAGCUGUUGGAGUGGAAAGCCUUUUCUGAAGCAGAGGCAGAGAGCCUAGUGAACCCAACCUUCUUCCUGAUGGUGGGGGAAUUCCAGAGCAAGGUGGAGAAGCAGCUGGAGCUCCUGGAUAGCUCCUUUGAGAUUUUGGCCAAGGACACGGAAUUGAAGAGCUCAGACCUCUUCAGGUACUUCCAGGAGGCUGUGAAGUUGUGGGAGGGGCACCAGAGUGUUCUGUUGACCCAAGAGCUGGAGCUGGAGAAGAGGAUAGAGCAGCAUCGACAGAAGCACAACCAGGAGACCCAGAACCAAGAGACUUCCCUUGAUAAGCUUCUAGACCAACUGAGACAGCAAAGCCAAGAAGAGUCACUGAAGAUACACAUGGAUAAGGCCAGGACAUUUCUGAAGAACAUGAAGUCCAGGUAUGAAUGUUUUCAUAUCCUGCUGACCAAAGAGGUGAUGGAGUACCCGGGGUUAGUGCUGAAAGAACUCAACUGUUACAGCUUCACCCUCAGCCGACACUUCUUCAUCCGUGAAAUCUUUGAGCAGAACUUGGCUGGGGAAGUGAUUUUUAAAUUCAGGCAACCAGAAUCCCACGAGAGACGCUUCAUGCGGAAGAUAAGGAAACUGAAGGAAAAACAAAGGGAGAAGAUGGGAGCACACAAAGGUGAAGAAAGCGUAGCUCCCAAGAAGUCAGAAGAGGGCAUGAAAGAAGAGGGAAGCGAAGGAUCCGAACCCAGCCUGACUGAAGGGGGGCCUUCCCAAGAAGCUGAGGAAACACAGGGCCUGAGAGAGACCUCCUCGGAGGCAUCUCAGGACCUAGAACAUCUGAGGGCUCCAGAAGAGAGGGAAGAGAUAGGGGAAGAGGAGGAGGAAGAGGAGAGAGAAGACGAAGAAAUAAAAGAGGAGAGGGAAGAGGAGGAAGAGGAAGCAAAAGAGGAGAGAGAAGAGGAGGAAGAGGGAGAGGAAGAAGAGGAGGAGGAGGAGGAGACAAGAGAGGAUGAGGAGGAUGAAGACGGUAUGAAUGAAGACGAGCUGGAGUACGAUCAGGAAACCUAUCAGGCUGAUAGCAAGGAAGAGGUCAUGGAGGAGAUUUCCCGUGAAGAAAUGGAGUUCUUCACAACUGCAAGCGGGAACACGUACUUUGCCUUCCUGUCUGUGGAAGAUGAGCAACAAAUACACAGUAGGCCCCAUUCCCAGCACACCGUGUUCUUCCAUGACUCUUUCAGCAACAAGUACAUAGAGAAAGUGGCUGUUCCUGACAAACUAAUCCUAAAGAUUAAGAAACGGAUUCGAGCUGGCUUCUUUGAACAUCUUGAGAAAUGGUUCGACCAAAGUGCCCUCAACUCUCGGAUGGUGGUGGCUACCAAGGUCGACGAGCUGAAUUCGGAGCUGGAGCUGCGGCUGCACCUGCACAAGCCAAGACUCAAGCAAGUGGAGAAGGAUAUUCACAAUGUCAGAGCAGCCGAGCUCCUACUUCACCAGGAGAGGCUAGACAGCCACUGUGCCGGUGUGAUCGAGACGUUGAAGAAGGAGAGGCUCAUGUUCUGUCAGUUCCAAGAAGAGCAAGCCGUACGGAGCAAAAACUUUCGCCGCAAGAUCUACGACAUGGAGCACAUUUUCUUGAACGCCACUAAAAGCCAAAAGCUGGCUCAUCUCACCAAUACACUACACCGGGAGCUGCUCAGCUACGUGGACGUCAUCCAGGUAUCCCUGCGAAGCUUCCGGCAAUACCUAGAAGAGAGUCUGGGCAAACUCCGCUACACCAACAUUGACUUUGUCAAACACUGCAGAUUGUUUUCAGAGGGCGGCAACUUUUCCCCUGAAGAAGUUGAGACGCUCUGCCACCGACUGGAGAAGGAGGCUACCCGGAUUGAGUUCGUUGAAAGUUUGAUCAUGAUCCACAUGGAAAAAAUGGAGACAGAGUACCUGGACCAGGCCAAUGAUGUCAUCAACAAAUUCGAGAGUAAAUUCCAUAACCUAUCUUCGGACAUUAUUUUCAUAGAGAAAAUCCAGAGGCUGAUGACCAAUCUUCAAGUGAAUAUCAAGUGUCAGGUGGCAAAGUCCAACUCCCAGGCGGAAGGGUUAAAUUCUUCUCUGGAACAGCUUCAGCAGAAGAUACAAACGUGUCAGGACCACCGGGGAGACAAGGACAACGUGACCACAGAUGAUCUCCUUGCCUUUGUCCGAUCCUGGAAAGAAAAACUGAGCCAGAGGAUUAAGUAUCUCAACUGCAGCCUGGACAUGGUGUCCAUCACUCAGGAGGUCUUUACGGACAACAUCCUGACUGAUGCUGAGAUGGAGAGCGAGAUCCAAGUGUGUUCAGAGAUCCUCGAGGAGGAAGGCAAGGUGGGCCUUGUCACCCCCGAGUCCUUCGCCCAGCCAACCCGCAUGGGGAGGCCCAUGAUUGAAGACCCUGCUGUAGACGUGAUCAGAAGGAUCCUUCAAAUUUCUCAGGCAAAAUCGACAUGCCCCUGUGAUAAGGAACGCUCCCAAACAGUCUUGAAGAGACAUCGGUACCGGGGAGAAAAGGCUUUAAAGAAGGCCUUGGCCAGCUCCAGUGUUACCUCAGCAGGCAGCAUGACACGGCAUUCCAAGUACAUCAGAAUCGACAGAAAGUUCCAGGUGCUCGGGGAAAGGCCUUCUUCUCAGGUUGAGGACUUCAAAGGCAUCAUCCUGAAUCUCCUAUGGGAGAGCAACGAGCACCUGUUGGUUGUAGUGGAGGAUUUUUAUCGUAAAGAGAAACACCCGGUCACCAGGCCUGAAUGCAUGUAUGAAAACUUCGACCAGUGCGCUGACCACAUUGGCAGGAAGAUCCUAGACUAUCACCACCAGGCAGACGAAUACCACAACUCCUGCCUUCUGGAAUUACGUGCCCAGGUGAGGAGGUUUGAGGAGCUGCUGCCCCAGGUGUGUUGGCUGGUGACAGAGAACUACAAGGAACAGCACUGGAGCAAGUUUUGUGCAUCCAUGAAGGAGGUCCAGGAGCAGUUUGAGCAGCAGCAGAAGCAGCUAGAGAAGGAGAAGGAAGAAAAUGCUCAGAAGCUCCACCCGAAUCUUGGCCACCCCACAUACAUCAGUCAAAUGGAGUCACUACAAAUCAGGGAGGAGCUGAGGCAGCAGAAGGUGGACCAGAUGAUCUACCUGAACCAGGAGAAGAUGGAGGAAACUGCCAAGAAGUAUGCCCGCUUCUUCAUAUCGAAUUUGGCCUCCUUCACAGAGAGGUUCCUGAUACAGUUGGAUGAAGUGAUCACCAUUGAUGACAUCCAGGUUCCACGAAUGGAGCCCCCAAAGCAGAAAGUAUCCAUCCUCAUACGCAGGAAGCUGGCCAUGCUCUCUCUGGAGGAAGAGAGCGAGAAGCCCCUGAUUGAACGUGGGAGCAGGAAGUGGCCAGGAAUCAAGCCUAACGAAAUCACCAUUCAAAGCAAGAUACUGAUUCGGAGGACGCCAUCAAUAACUACUCUUAAGACCACCCUGGGCCACUUGGCCGCAGUAGAAGCCCGAGACGCUGUCUACCUGAAAUACCUGGCACUGUUUGACAAAGAAAUGAAGAGUAUCCAGGAUCGUUUCAGGACCCUGCUGUUGGAGUCUCGUCGCUGGAAGGAAAGCUGGAAACGCUCCCUUAGCACCAUCAAGACCCUGUACUCGACCCGUCCUCCUCUGUACUUCAAAUAAAGUCUUUAUUUUUCUCCCUGCCCA